GGCCAACUUGAAUGUGGCAUAUUUGACAAAACUAGAAGCAUGGGUCAAUGGAAUACUUAGAGGUGGAUGGAUAAGUUUGAAAGUCUUUUGAUCUCUUGAUAAAGUUUUGAAGCAGUUUAGAUAUUGAUUUAUAAAGAUUUUUAGGUGAUAAAUUAUUAAAAUAAAUUAUAAACACCAUAACUGAACACACAGUUACUAUAUAUAUAAUCACCGAGAAGAAAAAUAAAGAUUAAGUAAAGGAAAAAUAAAAUGAAGAACAAGAAACCGCCGAAGCCACUGAGCCUCUUUCCUCCAAAUCCAAUGCCAGAACCUAAUUUCUUCAGGACGGUACGUUGGACACUUCAUGAACUUGAUGAUGAGCUUCUAAUUCGGGAUCCUGCGCCUUUCAUUUCCACUGAAAAAGAAUCCCCACCUUUUGAUAUAAAAAAGCUUGAUCUUGAAUUCUUAUUGGAAGACCUCGAGACCGUCAAAGUUAUCGGCAAUGGCCGUGGAGGUCCGGUACAACUUGCUCGCCAUAUAUGGGAUGGAAAAUUAUAUGCCUUGAAGGUUAUAAAAAUGAACUUACAAGAAGAGGAGAUUCUUAAACAAUUCGUGCAGUAUCUUAAAAUAAACAAGGCAUCAAAAUGUUCGAAUGUCGUGUCUUGCAACCAUUCAUUCUAUCACAGAGGAGACGUAUUUCUUGUAUUAGACUACAUGGACCGGGGAUCUUUGAUCGAAGUGCUCAGACAAGUUAACACUAUACCCGAACCGUUUAUUGCUGUUGUGUGUGACCAGGUCCUACAAGGUCUUGUCUAUUUGCACCAUGAAAAUCAUGUAAUACAUGGUCACAUAAAGCCGUCUAAUCUACUGGUAAACCGAAAUGGAGAAGUGAAGAUUGCUGAUUUUGGUCUUAGUACAUUGGUAGCUAGCUCAAUGGACCAGACAGAUACAUUUGUUGGGACUGAUAACAACUACAUGUCGCCAGAGAGAAUUAGUGGGAGCACUUAUGAUUAUAGCAGCGAUAUUUGGAGUUUAGGCAUGGUAGCGCUCGAGUGCGCCAUCGGACGUUACCCGUAUAAGCAAUCGGAAGAUCCGCAAACUUGGCCUAGCAUUGAUGAGCUUUUGAAGACAAAUGCUCCACCAAAUGAGUUCUCUUCAGAGUUCUGUUCAUUUGUCUCAGCCUGCCUACAGACAAGCCCUGAAAAGAGAGCAUCAUCUUUGGACCUCUUGAGUCACCCCUUCAUCAAAAAGUCCCAACACUUCAACCUUGUGUAUUUUGUAGGUUGGCUGGAAUCUCCAUUGAAUUACCCAAGACGAAGAUAAUUUUUUGUCUUUUGUUACAAAAACAUGUUUUGAUCCUAAAAUUGAUUUGGUCCUUAAUCAUUCUUCACCUUGUUCAAAACCCAAGAGUUCAUAGGUCUAAGUUGGUCUAAUUUGAAAUACAUCCAUAUACGAUAGCAAUACUUUAAGAGAGUUUGAUUUUUUGUUCUAGUAUAAAUUUUAUUUAAAUAUCAUCUCGAUCUGAAUAACUAGGAGUGUUCACUAAAAAAAAGAAAAUCAUGUAUUUGGGAGCAGAGGUGGAUGGAUGAGAUAAACCAAUCAGAUCUAUGGGUACUAAAGCAAUAGCUGAAAAGGGUUGAUUAAGGGGUCCAAAUUCCAAUGCUGUGGGCACUAAAAACAGGAUAAGGCUUACCCACAUAUACAUGUGGUGGCCUCUCUAUUGCCCCAUCAAUUAUAUAUAUAUUUAGAUUCUACUGUAACGAGAUUUCGUUAAA